UUUGCCAUCGCCGUGGUCCUCAUUCUUUUCAUGGCAGUUCUCAAGCAGUUUGGCAUCCUGGAGCCCAUGUCCUCUUUUGAAGGUAAGGGCCCACUUGAGGCCCCUCUACUGGCUCUGAUGACCCCUAUUUAACAUUUACUGUACACGCAAUAAACAUUCAAUGAAAGGUUUAUAACACACUAUAAUGUAAUUAUAUGUAGUUACAAGAACGUCGUUAAGUGUUUAUUAAUAUUAAUAAGUAAGUCAAUGAAGACACAUUUUAUACAAUGACAACUGAGUUUACUAUAUUGUCAUUCCUUAUCUUUUUAUACACCAGCCUCCACAGGAUGAAUUAUAGUCAAGUACAAUAAUAAACGCUUAUACCAGCUUACAACUACAUUAUAGAGUCAUAUAAAUAUGUAUUCAAUGUUUAUAUACUGCUUAUACAUGCUAAAUAGAGAGGUGAAGUUAAAGUGACAACCUUUAAACUCGAGUCAUGUAAGUCUUGUUGGAACAUUUGGUAAAAAAAAACAUCAACAACAUAUUGUUGCUUUAUUUCCAAAUUUGGUGAUGAACUGAAAGAUAAAGUGUUCCUUCCUCUACUUCCUCCCACUUCUAACAGUAAUUAUCUACGAGUCACCUUUUCUUUAAGUUUAGCUGGUGUAUAAUACAUAAUGAUAUGAAUAUAUUUUUUGCUAACUUUAAAUAAAAUAAUUGCCCCCUGCAUCCCUAACUGACCACACAUGUUUUCCGUGUACAGCAUCCUCGAAUGAGUUUGAAUUCAAUUAUUACACAUGGUUAUGAAUUGAACUACCCAGCAGCCUAUUAAGACCCCUAAUAUCUUGCCUACACAUUAAUGCAUCAGUGAUGAUAAUAAACCAAUAAAAUACAUACUUUUUUUUACGUAAGUAAUAUUCAAAGCCUUUUUAUAUUUUAAUGUUGAUUGUUUUAUCAAGGUAAGGGGUGGGAGUACUUCCACCACUAUGAUCAAGUAUUUUUUUCUAGACAAUUCCUCCUAUUUUAAUAGUAAAGUAAAGCCAACUGUAUUUAUAUUACACUGCCAAAGGGACAACAUUUGAAAAUUAGCCUUUCACAUUGUCCCUUUGUGUAUGUCCAAUAAAUGAAGCUGAUCAUGUAAUCUCAAUAUCGUUACACGUCAUCUCUCCCUGCUCCGACCCCUUAUUCCCUGUCAGCUCUCUAUUAUGUAAUAACGAAAAAAAUAAACAUUUUGCUACAGCUACAUUAGCAUUUAUUCAUUUAUUUUUUUCAUAAUUGAAAGUAAUGGACCAUCUUCAAAUCUAUGUAUUGCAUCAGUGUGGGUUAAUGGGUAGUGUUGUUUUGUUUGCCUACUAAGAGAUAUACCAUAAAACCUUGAUGGGCCAGUAGACGGUGUACAUGUGGGACAGUGAAAGAGACAUGAGAAGCUGCUCUCUGAGCGAUGCAGUUCCCUUUGAUUAGAGUUUUGGGCUGAACGCCAGCCAGUCAGAGUGCCCCGGAGUCAGUGAGCCAAGACAAUUACAGGAAGGCUCCAGUCGGCACAUUAGUGCUUCUCAUAUGGCUCUGCAUCACAAGUAAUAAAUACAACAAAAAAAACACCAGUAAUGUCCCUUCAUAAUUUAUCACUCCUCUCAAUCGCUCCAAUAUUAAACCCACCAAAAACAACCCCACUCAUCUUCCUCCUCCUCCUCCCACUGUGGCGGGGCCUACACCCCGGUUUAGCAUUACUUCCCAUCAAUUAUACAUGCAGUAUCGAACAGGCUUUCUCUGAGGCCGCCUAAAUUUGGAGCCUGGAGUACUCCUCCAGGACUCUGAAGGACACCGGCCAUCCCUCAGCAGCCUCCCAAGCUCUCAUCAUGCGUCUUCAGUCCUGAUUCCAGCCACUUCCUUACUUCAUCACCUCCUCGUGAUACUGCAGCUUCAGUAUCUCAUCAACAUUUUAACUUGUUUGGCAGCAGAUAUUUUACAUUUGUUGUCUCUCUCCAAAUGUUCACCUGUCUUCAUGUCGGAAAACAGCUGAGAAGUAACUCAUGAUGGUCGUACUUUUCAGGGUCCAGACGUUGAGCUCUUAGCUGACCGGCCUUGGUCAGAAAUAGACUCUAAACGCAGCCCUGCGAUACAUUUCAGCUUAGCGGUGAUCACAGUUGUUUUUGAGGCUCUCGCUACUGAUUCAGUUCUGCAGUCAAUUCGUGAUGUUUCUUGCCUGUUAGAUAUUUGCCAAAUGACCUGUAGCUUGAGGCUGAGAUUCCACCAAAGACAUUGAGUGAGGUCAUGUCCUCUGAAUUAAUUUCUGCUAAUUUGAGAGGUUUAAUGACAUAAAAAGAUAGUGAAAAAUGCCCUGAAAAUUUUAUUUUUCUCUUCAAAAACUCAAAUAUAUUCAUUUUAUAAUGCAAGACAAGGAAAAACAGUCAAUGUCUCACAUUUAGGAAGCACAAACCAUCAACAGUUAAUUUACCAAUUAAUUGUCAGUUGAUACAUGUUUUAGACUGAUUGUGAUAUUCUUUAAGAUUUGAAGUAUCUUAAAAUGUGUCUGUUUUUAGGGGGGAAAGAAUUUAAUGAAAGGGAUUUAGAAAACAUUUCCAUACACACCUUAAAAGAAAGAAACAGUUUUUCAUACUCCAUCAUAGGGAGUUAAAACAAACCAAAACUGGACUCCUAUUGAGAUCUUGGCUACUACCUGGAGCACCAUUAUAGCCCCUUUGAAACUAAAGUAGUGGCAUAAUGUAACUUUAAAAUGCCAGAUGUUAAAAAAGCUGAUUCAGGCUUUUUCUGAAAACUUUGGAGGGGUCUAGUGGUGUAAGCUGUGUUCCAAUGUAACUUUCAUAAGAACAUAAACACAAUCAAAAAAGAGAAUUAAACGCAUUAAAAGUAAUCUAUAUUAUAACGUAAGAAGAAACUCUUUUAAGUCCCCCUCCAUUCAAAAUAUAAAUAAUUGUUCGAGCAGAGUAUUUUUAUAAGUAAUAAAUAUGUCUGGAGGGGAUCUUUGAUACCGUGUACCCAGUUUUUCUACAUUUAGCAUCAGCAGCGCAUUAGAUGUCCUUUAUCAAUCAACAAUCCAAUCAGGUCUGGGAGCUUAUUUGUUGCAUUAUUUAUAUCAUCGGCACUCAAGAAAAGAUCCUUUGAUUUUUGAAAAUGCACACAUUGACCAACCCCUCGGCCCCUUUGAUUGUUGUUUCAGUCCCGUCCUCUCUGCUUGGAUGUCGAUUUUGGGCUCAGUCCAGCUUGGUCCUAUUUUGGGAAGACAUCUGAUGCCAGAGGUAGCCUUGUCUAAGACCUACAGAGGUAUUCUGAGAUUCUCUGAUACCGACAUUUGGUAUUUGUACUCCACAUUGGUGCAGGAUGAGUAACAUCGAUAUACUGUAAAGAGAUGUGAAUGAGUUGUUUCUUACGUUUAUUUGUGACUUGUUUGCUCAUUCCCAUGUUUGUCAGGCAUAGAUCAUUCAACCAGUGGGGGAAUGUAACUAAGUACAUUUACUCAAGAGCUGUACUUGAGUGCAACGUUACGCUAAUGUACUAUGCUUGCAGAUUCAGAUUAUUAUAAUUAUUAUUAUUAUUAUAAGUCUUUUUUUGCCUUUUGCCCUGGGUUUUGCCUCUCGGGUCACACACAGUCGACCCUGCCUUAUGGGUUGAGUUUGUGUCGGGGCUGUAUAUAUCCUGACAAGAAAUCUGCAGGUAAAACUCAGGACUGAAAAAAGGACUUUCAUGUUUCAGGCCUGCAUGUUGAAAAAGUCAAUAUUCUUCUAAAAAUCAGGUCUCUAAAUGAGACUUGACGUGAUGAAGUCUAUCCCUCUAUCUUGUCUUUUUUUAGUACAGACUGAGAUUUGGAAAACACUUGACAUAUUGAACGAGAGGGUAAUUCUGUGUCCCAUUGGACCCCAUAUGCUCGAAUCAAAAUACCUCAAUUGUGAAUAAAGAGAGAAAGAAUCACUUUUCUGAAUCUGGGAUGAUGUCACCCGUCCUGAAGUCCUGUGGCUGCACAGUCCCCUGUUGUUUCAUCGGUCUCCACUAGAGGGAGCAUGUCUUACAGGAGUGUGCGUGUGUGACACAGUAUCAAAUCUGUGUUAGGGACCCCAGGAGAGACGCGGGGAACAAUUAGAAAGUGGAUCACUGAGCUGACUGGGAAAAUGGGAUCCAGGACACCUGUUGACCUUUUCUCACCACCUUAUCUGGCUCCUUAAUGACAAACUGGCUAAUGUGUCACAUUUAGAAAAACAAUAUUACAGUCUUUAGUUAGUUUUGUCCCCUAAAAGCUGUGAUAUUUAGUGCUUUGCUGUCUUUUAUUUCAUUAUUUUGAUGAAACGGGUAGAAUUGCAGCUAGUUCCUUGGGGGGUUCGCAGGUUAAUUAGCAGAAAAGAAGAUGUGAGAUAGAGGGAGGGAAGAGAUGAGGAAGCUGCAGAGCAUCACUCAUUCAGUCAGAGGUGGAUUUUGGAAGUCAUUUUUUUCAUUUGACAAGAGUUUUGUCACCAGCUAGAGGAAUAAUGUUCAUGGGAGGAUUCCCAAACCAACUGACUGCUGGUGCCAAAACAACCUAAUGUGUGAUGUGACAGUUUUUGAGCUUCCUCUCUAUCUGAUUGGAUUUCCCAUGGAUUAACGCUGUAGUCCAGAUUUUUGGCUGGGAUUGUUUUUGUAUCUCUCUCUCUCUUUGGUGAUAUUUUUUACAGCAAUAAUCUGAUUCACCUGACCUUAAUAAAGGAGUUGGUCCAUCAGACUUGGUUGUGGAGAACAUGGAAAGAUCCAUUCGAGCAGCAGAGAGCAGGGGUGGGGGAAGAAAAUGCCAGUCAAUUAAAAAGGUAGAAGGGGGGAGCUAAAUAGAGUAACAUGUGGCAGAAAAGGAGUGAUGAGUGAGUGACACUGUUCCAGAAACAGGAGGGGAAAGAGAAGAAGACCGGAGAGAGUGAGACCCAAAGAGACAGAUGGAUUGAAAGAGAAAAAAGGUGUUUCGUUCAAGUCCAACUAUGUAAAAGAGGAAAGGAAAGAGAAGGACCGUGGAGGGGAAGAUAGAAGAAGAGGGGAAGAUGAGUGUGAGGUGGGAGACGGAGGGACUCCAGACUGUUGGCAUCGUCUGCCUGGUGAUCAUGUUCCUCAAACUGAUGCACCUGCUGGGCCUGAUCGACAUCACUGAGACCGAUGACAGCAGCGACAGUGACCUGGAGCUGUCGACGGUGCGUCACCAGCCGGAGGGUCUGGACCAGCUGCAGGCUCAGACCAAGUUCACCAGGAAGGAGCUCCAGUCCCUCUAUCGAGGCUUUAAGAAUGAGUGUCCCAGUGGGAUGGUUGAUGAGGAGACAUUCAAGACCAUCUAUUCUCAGUUCUUUCCCCAAGGAGAUGCAACCACGUACGCUCACUUCCUGUUCAACGCAUUCGACAUCGACAGAAACGGCUCAAUCCGCUUUGAGGACUUUGUCAUCGGCCUGUCGGUGUUGCUCAGAGGUUCGGUCACUGAGAAGCUCAACUGGGCCUUCAACCUCUACGACAUCAAUAAGGACGGCUGCAUCACCAAAGACGAGAUGCUGGCGAUUAUGACGUCAAUCUACGACAUGAUGGGGAGGUACACCUACCCCUGUGUGCGAGACGAAGCGCCCUCUGAACACGUGGACAAGUUCUUCCAGAAAAUGGAUAAAAACCGAGAUGGUGUAGUGACCAUUGAAGAGUUCAUUGAGACCUGUCAGAAGGACGAGAACAUCAUGAACUCCAUGCAGCUGUUUGAAAAUGUGAUAUAAGGAAGCCCGACUUUCACAACUCACACACAAGCACAGCUCACCCACCUCACCCACACCUCAAACUCAUCCUGCCGAAUAACAUAGGUUCUGUAAAAACACAGGAACUAGACGUUUUUGUUUUGUUUUCCUCUUUCUCGCUGCACUCCUUUAGCUGUAUCUUACAACUGCUUUUGGACUAAAAAGGACUACAGACAGAAGAAGGGAAGAGCUUCCUGAGUAAAAGAAAAAUCCCCGUCUGUCCAGUGUGGUUUUUUGUGUCCUCAAAUGAAGAAACAGAAGAGCUUCUUGUGUCACACAAAAAGAAUCAACGACAACCAACAAGGAAUGAAGAAGCUUACAAUAAUCCCCGGUCCUGAGCACACAAGGAUAUUAGCUUGAACACUAAUACGCCAAGUCUCUUUCUCACACAUGCACACACACACGCACACACAGACCUGCUGUUUCCUCAAGAGUUUUUAGAGCACCGGAUGAAGUGAACUAAGAGAAUAAAAGGAGAAAAAAAAAGAGAAAUGAACUUAAAGCAUGGUUGUCAUCAAAUAUGUGAUGUGGAAUUAGCUUGCACUACAGUUUUAUGACUAUGUAUUAUAUGCGCCUGAAGUAAAGGCACUGUAGAUACCUGCGCCUGAUACACCGCUGGUGUGUAUGUAUAUAUGUAUAGUUAAUAGUUGUACAUCACCUUGUACUGGUCUCAUCUGUGCUGCACUGGUUGAUGGAAUGGGACCAGAAGUGAAUAUUUGUUUUAGAAGUCUCUGUUUAACAUCAUGUUUAGGAGCAGUUCUUCAAAGAUUAAUCAAAUAUUUCUCCCUUUUUUUAUUCGUAUUUCUGAAGAUUAUACAUUUAGCUGGUCGGAUUGGAAAAGUGAGUCUGUACGGUACUGUGAAGAAAACAAGAGGACAGUUAAAAAGUGUGUUCCUGUGCUGAAUUAAGGCUUUAUCUGGGUUCCUCAGUACCUACGAGCAUGCUGACUCUUAAGUGCCACAGUAUUAUGUACAAUACAGUAGGACCUUUGUGAUGUCGGUUUAAUUAAAGACGCUGUCGACAGCUGCGA